ACUGCAACUUGAGAAUCAUCAUUUGUGAUAAUGAAUAUGUGUUGGAAUAAAAACUAUAUCCUCAAGAAAACUAUAUUUUGUAUUAAUGUCACAUUGCUGAUACCGUACGAUUUCUGAAUAUAGAGAAUGAUAAAAUUUGCAGUUGCUUGAGAGAGAGAAAGAGAGGGUUAUCUGAGUCAUCAAAGCAGAGAGUAAUACAUUUAUUUACAUCAUAUUUACCGAACACAUUUUUUUGCAUCAGUUAGUCAUCGAAGACUGUCGCCAUGGUGCAAUACGUAUCCCACUAUGAAGACUACUUUCCGUUCUUACCAGAGAGACCCUACAAACCAGACAACAGGAGUUUUAUGCAACGUUGGGAUGCAUUGAACGGCAUGAAAUGGGUUCCUGCGUCUAACGGUGCUAUACCUCAUGGUGCUGUUCAGGCCGGACAUGACGGAAGACAUAAACUGUACGUAGGUCGAGCAGAAAUCAUGAAUUCAAUCGCUCCCGGAGCUGUCAUACCGGAUAGGAAAGCAUGUUUCGUACCGUGGGGAGGCAAAAGUCACAAAAAGCAGCACUAUGAAGUUCUAUGUACCCCUGGAAAGUUUGUUCCAGUUCAAAAUAGUAACACGCUGCUUCAGGGCACCCCAGCAGGUGUCAGUGAACAGGGUGAGCCACUUUAUAUCGGCCGUAUGAAACACGAAGGGAAGUUAAUCAACGGUAAAAUUCAAAGAUCAUACUCUUGGUGUUAUUUGCCUUACAAAGGAAAGGAAAUAGAAGGGAAAAUAUUUGAAAGUGAGAUUUUUAUAAAUGGAUUAUAGAAAUGCCAAACAAGAGAAAGUAUAUAUUUUUAUUCGCAUGGUGAAAUUGAAUUGAAUGACGCUCUAAUAAAAAGA